UUUACGACGUAGAACAACUUUCUUCCAUCCGAUAAAUCGGAAGAAGAUGGCGGAUCCCACAAAGUAGACGCUCUGGCUUGCUAUGGUUUGACCAAUAAGAAAAAUGGCGCAUAGAACAUGAUUUUUGAACAAAGAAACAUGUUUUUCCAGGCGUAAGAAGAAUUAGAAAAAAUGCUGUUGGUAACACUGAACAAAAUUCCCACGUGGUCUACGAUGUUUUAAGUGACAGAUGAGUCUUUGUUGAGACUACCAAUUUUUUGUUUAUAGAAGUAACAGGACGUUAUACACGAAAAGACAAUGGGGAGAAAUAAAAAGACGCGAAAAGUUGUGAUGCAGAAAUUUGCGCAAAUGAAAAAGAUGAUAAGCGCAAGCGAUUCGAGAAUAAAACCUGAGAAACGUGCAGCUCCAAGAAAGGCAAAAAAAGAAGAUCAAACUCAACUCAAAGUAAGGGAAGUGCCCCAACAGUCCUCCGCGUUGUUCUUCCAGUACAAUACUCAGUUGGGUCCACCUUACCAUAUCAUAGUAGACACAAAUUUCAUCAAUUUUUCAAUAAAAAACAAAUUAGAUGUUAUAGAAAAUAUGAUGGAAUGUCUUUACGCGAAAUGCAUACCAUAUAUAACGGAUUGUGUCAUGGGUGAAAUGGAGAAACUUGGUCAGAAAUAUAAAAUAGCGUUAAAGAUUAUAAAGGAUCCCAGGUUCGAAAGGUUAAACUGCUUGCACAAAGGUACUUACGCUGACGAUUGUAUCGUUAAUAGGGUGACUCAACAUAAAUGCUACAUAGUGGCAACGAACGACAAAGACCUAAAACGGAGGAUACGAAAAAUUCCCGGUGUGCCUAUAAUGUACGUCGCUCAGCACAGGUACACCAUAGAGAGAAUGCCUGAUGCGUACGGAGCGCCUAGGAAGUAAUCACAAGUUCAGCGUUAUAUAAUUUUUUACCAAUUAGAUGUAUUUAAUAAAAUGUUCAGUUUAUCAAAAA